AUGGAGGUUUUCGAAUCGGUCGACGAGACGGACCGCACAGACUAUCGAUUCGAGAUCGCGAGAUUACAGAGCUUCGAUAGCUGGGCCGUGUCGACCGUAAACAGCAAAUAUCCUGAGAAACUUGCAAGCGCUGGUUUCUAUUAUACCGGGCAAUAUGAUAUCGUGGAAUGCUUCGACUGCUACGUCAUCAUAUCCGGCUGGAAGGACGAUUUAGAUCCGUUAACUGAGCACAAACGACGUUCCCCGAGAUGUAGAUUCGUCCGCAUAAUACCUUGCGGGAAUGUAUCGAUCAAUGUCGAUCCGGAUAUAAUUCCGCCACGUGUGCCGAAAAUGAGAGAAAUAUGUGAAUUAAACCCGUCAGGAUUAAAUCUCAAUAAUAUGAUCGAGGUCUACUUUGAGGACGCAGAGGUCUUUAAAAUAGUUAAGAUUGGCGAUCUAAUAGGCGCUAAGUAUCCCAAAUUUGCCUACUACGAGAGUAGAUUAGACACUUACAUGUUGUGGCCGGAAACGAUCACCCAGAAAAAGGAAGAUCUAGCGGCCGCCGGUUUCGUAUGUGCAAACGACAACGACAGAGUCUACUGCUUCUAUUGCGGUGGAGGUCUGGAAAAGUGGGAUCCAGAAGAUAAUCCUAAACAAGACCACAUCAAAUGGUAUCCUAGAUGCAAGUUUAUCAACAGGGUGUUAGCGGAGGACCAGUCGUAG